UGUGGAGUUUGCAUGUUUUCCUCAUGCCUGCCCCUGCCAUCAUGUCUAAGAACACAGUGAAGAAACUGCACUGGCGUUCCAAGGUGCAGGAGGGCUUCGUGCCACUGGGCGGAAGCUCUGGCGAGCUGGGGUUGGCGAUUGGCGGCGGCGCAGACUACGGCGAGUUCCCCUUUGUGACGGUGGCGCCCGGUGGCGGGGCCACCGUGGGGGACAUCAUCUUGGAGAUUGGCGGCACGCCCGUGCUGGGCAUGACGUUGGGCGACGUCCGGGGCGUCCUCAACUCCUGUCCUCAUCCGAUCAGGAUCAAAACUGUAUCACCAGGUGUGUCUCUGUGUAAAGACCUUCGCCUGUACCUCAGUAAGUGUUUCACACCAUCCUCCAUGGACAGUCAGUUGCAGCAGCUCAUCCGAGAGAACCUUUACCUGCGGGCGGUGCCCUGUACGACCCGGCAGCCUCGCGCCGGGGAGAUCAGUGGCGUCGACUACAACUUUGUGUCCAUCGAGGAGUUCUUCUCUUUGGAGGAGUCUGGGGCGCUGCUGGAAAGUGGAAAGUUCAAAGGCAACUAUUACGGAACGCCGCGCCCAGUCCACAUAGGUCCUGACAGUCCACCAAUCACGUAUCAGGAACAUCGAAACCUGCUGAGGAACUUCAGGACCAGGAGCAAAUCCCUCAGUAACUUGGAAAAAACUGUAGAAGAAGACAACAGCGAGGAAGACAGCGGCCUGUCUGGAGGGUCCGCUGGAGCCCCGCCCAACACACUGCCAGUCAGCCAAUCCUGGGGCGAAUCUCUGGCAGGGUGCAGCGAGGGUAUGCAAAAUGGAGGAAGAGGAGCACGAAGAGGAAGAAGUCCCGUGGCCGACACGUGGGAGAUGGCGUUCGGCAGCGGUGGUGACACCUUCCAUCCCGAUCACAUGUCAAAGACCAGACAAGAUCUUCGUGCUCAAAACAAGGAGACCCCUUCUUGUGCAGCAGAACUUCCAGAAUUCACCGAUCAGCCAGGUCAGCUGCGAGGUUUUUCGGUGCACACGCGUCUCUCCAAAGGGCCACGAGGCUUCGGCUUCAAUAUCGUCGGAGGGAGUCGAGCGCGGGAGUUCCUGCAGGUGUACAGCGUGACGCCCGGAGGCCCCUCCACCCUCCAUCAAGCUGACAUUCUGGUGUGUAUCAACGACACCUGCGUGCUAGGCCGCUCACACAAAGAGGUGGUGGAGAUGCUCAAAUCAGUUCCGAUGGGUCAGAGCGUGGACGUGGUUCUGAGGCGAGGAUACCCGAUGCUCUACAACCCGGACGGCUGUCCCAAACACACGCUGGACACGCCGCAGACUCCUCCGGCCAACCACCAGUGCAGACCGCUCACCUACAGCCAUAUGCAGGACGUCACCAGCAGCGGGUCGGGUCUUUGCCAAGCCUCUCCCUCUUACUCAGUCGAGCCAGUAACCAAUGGGCUGACCGGCCCGCCAACUCCUACUUCCUCUGAACCCCCCGAUGCCCAGCCCCCGCCUCCUCCCGAGAGGAUAUCAGCCCCUCACAGCGACUCCGAUGGGGGCAGUCGGAGGUCUUUUGGGAUUGGCUAUAAAAGCAGCACCCUACCCACCCUCUCCUCCUCCUGCCUCCUCCACCAUCAGAGCUCCAGGUCUUCAGAGAGCGACCUGUCCACGUCGACCUUCCCCAUCGCAUCCUCGUCUAAACUGUGUGAGUCUUCGCCGCCCGGCGGCCCCGCCCAGCAUCCCCCGAUGCCGCAGACCUGCCUGCCUCCCACGCCGCCCCGUGAGAUCCCACCCUGCGGCUUCAACGGGUGUCCGGCUAAUCACCAAGCUGCCCCCCAGCCUCCGUUUGGAAAGACAGGCCUGGCGCUCCCUCUGGGUUCAGAGUCCUUCCCCACUGGCGAGCUGGUGCCAUUGGCCCUGGAGCGCUGUGGUGGCGGCGGCUUGGGUUUCAGCAUAACAGCGGGAGGGCCGGGAGGUCAGCUGGCCGUGGUGAGGCGGGUGUGGGACCGCAGGCAGUGCCCUUCCCUGCAGUCGGGGGACAUUGUGGUCAAGAUCAACGGUGCUGACGUGCAGAACCUCAACUUCUCUCAGGUCCAGAAGAUUCUGCAGGAUCACUCAAAACAGGGGAACGUGGUUCUGCUGGUGCACAGACGAGCUCCUGUCUCAGUGCCUCUGGUUACGCCUAAUUUGUACAAGCCCCUCCCCUCACACGGCCUCGCCAGCCCACCGUCCCACCCCUCGACUUCCACCGACUUGCCUUCCCCGUCCUCGCGUGCCAUGGUAGGGGGCGUGCCCCCACUCAGCCAGGCUGGCUUGGCGAUAGAGGCCCCCCAGGAGGGGCACCUCCCAACAGCAGGGACCCCUCCUAGCCAGACUUCAAAUUCCCCCCCUACCUCAGGCCUCAUCCAGAGCACCAGCUUCCUGGACUCCGUUCCUGUGACCUUGACCUUGGAGCCACGUGACCUACAGGGUGUGGAGGAGAGCGCGGGGGGCCCGAUCCUAGGGGCGGUCGCCAAAGACCCAAGAGAGGGGAAGAAGGUGGAGGUGGAGCUGACGAGGCGGCCUGGCGAAGGCUUCGGAUUCGUCAUUGCAUCCCAAGAAAUUAACCAUGGAAGCCCGGCUCCGUCACCAUCUCUGAUGUCCCAUCGAUUUGUGACAGUGCGUCGUGGCAGUCCGGCAGCCCGCAGUGGCCUCAUUCAACCCGGAGACCAGUUGGACGCCGUGGAGGGACGGGGGGUAGCAUCCCUGCACCACCGAGACCUGGCCCAGAUCUUGAGGAGGGCGGGGAAUACGCUGAAGCUGAGCGUGACGCCGCGAAAACAGUCGGAAGGAGCUGACGUGGAAAUUGACAAGCACUUCACCAAGGGAUGCAGAGGAAAGUCAAAGAAUGAGUCAAGGUUCUACAGAGUGGAUCUGGAACGUGGUCCCACGGGUUUUGGUUUCUCUCUGAGGGGGGGCAGCGAGUACAAUAUGGGACUCUAUGUGCUGGGUCUAAUGGAUGGAGGGCCAGCCCAGUGCAGCAACAAGAUGCAGGUUUCUGACCAGUUGGUGGAGAUCAACGGCGACACCACAGCGGGAAUGACGCACAGUCAGGCCGUGGAGCAGAUCCGCAGAGGGGGCCAUCGCAUCCAUUUGGUCCUGAAAAAAGGAAACGGCUACGUCCCCGAUUACGGCCCUGAAGAAGAAUCCUCGUCCUCUUCGCACGUGGAGGAGCAGGAGGCUGGUGUGGUCGCCACGACGACCACCUCCCAGAGCCCACAGAGGAGAAAGCGAGCAGGGGGCGCCAAAACAAGACCAAGACGAGGAGGACGAGGAGGAGGUGGGCCUCCCGAUCUGGACCUGGACCUUGUGGAGGAGGAGGCAAGGAGGCGAAAGAAGGAGCAAGAGAAGAAGAGAGAAAGAAGGAAGGAGCGAGGGAGUAAGACGAGAGAAGGAGCCACUGAGCAGGAUGAGGAUGGAAAGCAUCCUUGGAGCUGCGAGGUUGCAAAGCAUUCUGAGAGCUGGCCAGCUCCUCAGCAGGCGGCCUUCUCCUUCCUGAUGCCGCGCGACGAGCGCCGUUCCGACAGCCAAUCCGAUGACAGCAAGUCGGGCGCCAGCGUGGCUUCCGAUUGGAGGAGGGGUGAGCCGAAGCAGGAAGAGGCUCGGGGCUCGCCCUGGCUGGAGCCCAGCCCGCAGAGACUGACGCAGGUUCUGAUUGGCAGUCGCCUCAGUGGCCAAAGCCUAAUAGAGACGAGCCUUUUCCUGCACGUGGUCAAACAACGUGGACUGUGAUUGGAGGGUGAGGUGCCACAGAGGCGUGGCCAUACAAACAAGUAUGCAAACAAUAGAACUUUGAACAUGACACAUCCUCAAGUUCAAGCAUGUCAAUCUUUUUAUUUUUAUAACCUGAUAGUACCUUAGUGAGUUAUGAUGAUGAUGAUUAUUAUAGAGUAAUAGAGAAUGAUUGCUUGCUUGUAUUGAAAAAAACCUUUACAAUUUCUUCAAAUGAGCCAUAUACACAUCCACCAUGGUGUGUGUGUGUGCGUGUGUGUGUUUGAGUGUAGAUUGUCUGUGUGUGUAUAUUUUGUUUGUGUGGAUUGUGUUUGAAUUAUUUGCAUUUAUUUUGUGUGCAUGGAUUGUGUGUGCGUGUAGAAUGUGUUUGUAUGGGGAUUUUGUGUGUAUACGAUUGACAUGUCUAUGCUUGUGGACAGUGUGGAUUUGUUCGUGUUUGUGUAUUCUGUAUUUGGAUGUUUGGUGUGUGUGGAUUUGUUUGAUUGUAUUGUCUGCUUGUGUGUUUGUUUUGAGUGGAUUUGUGUGUCUGCCUGUGUGUGUGUGUGUCGGUGGGUGCAGUGUUUUUGCAUGGACCAUGUGUGUGGAUUUGUUUGGGAGUGAAUCGUGUAUUUUGUUUUGUACAUGUGUAGGUGUGUUUGCUUGUCCUAGAAACUGCGUCUGAGGAUGAGCCAUACACAGACACACACACACGCGCACACACACAUACGCAGUUCUGCCGGUUACCAGUGUUAUCAUCACGAUAGUACCGCAGCCCAAUAAGUAGUUUGUUGUAACGUUUCCCAAACUUUUUUGAGCUAAGGCACGUUUUACAUCAUAAAAAGUCUUAAAGCAUACCACCAAACAAAAAUAUCACAAAAAGUGCAUCUAAUUAUGACGAUCUCUUUCCAAUUUACUCACAAUUGCACUUACCGUAAUUUCUCAUGCAUUUUUUUUUUGUGCGAAAAACUGAAAAUUGAGCGGCUGUCUUAUACAUAUGGAAAAGGAAAAUGAUAAAACACUUGUCGCUCUCCAAUUGCCAUCGCGAGGUCUCCAGCUGGUGGUCAUGCAAGGGGCUCUCCCAUCCUUCUUUGUUUCUUCACCACCAAGAAGGGUCCUCAGGCCCGCGAAGGCUGGCGCCGCACCACGGCGAGACUGAGGUCCCCUCACGUUUAUUCUUUGAUCGUGUGAAAAUGCGGCUAGAAAUGCACAAACGUUAACCAAUCAAAAAUUUCUGAAUUCAACAAAUUUCCUUUCAACAUUGCAUGAACAUAGAGCAUAUUUACUUGAUAAAUCUAAUAAAAUAUGAAUCAUAUGUCCUUAUUUGAUCAUGGAUAACAGCAAUUGUUAGGUGCGUUUUAUACAUAGGUAGACGGACAAUUUGGGGGUGCGUAUUAUAGCCGAGAGCUCACAUGAGAAAUUACGGUACUCAGUGUGUGGGUGCCAUGACUUAUUCUGUUGUAUGAAUGAAAUCAAUUGGACACACAAGUUAGUUGUAACAUCUGUCAUUGACUGGACGAGUAUAAUUAUUAUUAUUCUGCUUGUCACUACAUCACUGGCAUAGAUAGCUGAACAAAGCUGAUAUUUGUAAUUAAUGACAAAUGAAUAGAAAUGGAAUCAUUUCCCAUGCACAUUGGGUGGGAAUGACACUUCUAUAGUAACAAGCUUGCUAGAGCAUCCUGCAGCUAUGCUUUAUAACUAAAGUGCCUCAUUUAAUCCAGCCUUUGCCCAGCAAGAGGCAAACUCAGAAAUCCACCCCGCCCUCCCACUGGAGGUCUGUAAAGUCCACUUCUUGUCUGUCUCACUUUUAUGGCCUGAUUUACAGGGUGUUUCAAUAAAUUAUUAAACAUUA